AUGGGCUGGGGCCGGGGCCUGGGAGAGGAGGGGGGUACGGAGAGGAAGAUGAAGGGGCUGGGGGGCCUGCUGGAGCAGGUGGGAGGGUGGGGCCGCUUCCAGAUGGUCCAUUUGGCCAUAGUGUCCGUCCCUUUUGCCUUUGUGAGCACCCAUGGUUUUCUCCAGAACUUCACAGCCUCCAUUCCUGACCACCACUGCAGGAGCCCCAGCAACCUCUGGCCGCUGGACGCCCAGGGACAGCCGGAGAGGUGCCUGCGUUUCCGAGCCAAUGCUACCAAUGAGACAGAGACCUGCCUGGAAGGCUGGGUAUAUAACAUCACCACAGUUCAGACCACCAUCGUUACUGAGUGGGACCUGGUCUGCAGCCUGAAAAGCCUCCAUGGUGUGGCCCAGUCAGUUUACAUGGCUGGGGUGUUCCUGGGCGCCGUCGUUUUUGGGGGGCUGGCUGACAGGCUGGGCCGCCGGACCAUGUUCCUCUGGUGCCUCCUUCUGGUGGCCUCUCUGAGCACGGGGGCAGCCCUGGCUCCCUCCUUCUCUGUUUACUGUGUUUGCCGCUGCCUCUGUGGCUCUGGGGUGUCUGGAUUGGUGCUCAAUGGAAUGGGACUCGUUCUGGAGUGGACGACCCCGUCUCGGCGGGCAGCAGUGUCUGGCUUCCUGUCCUUCAUGCUCAGCCUGGGGCAGCUAAAUCUGGCCGUCCUGGCCUUUGGCCUCCGGCACUGGAGGCACCUACAGAUGGCUGCCGGGGCACCCUUUGCCUUCUGCUUCCUCUGUGGUUGGUGGCUACCAGAAUCUGUCCGGUGGCUGAUGGUGAGACGGCGCUUUUCCGGUGCCCUGCGCUCCCUGAAGCUGGUGUCAUGGAUCAACAGGGCUCCCAGGGCCCAGCUCUCCCUGGAGAUGCUGGAAUCAGACUACUCCCAGAAGGAGGGAGGAGGAACUCCAAGCUCUUCCCUGGACCUGUUUCGAUCCCGGGAGAUGCUGGCCAUAUUGAUGUGCAUCAUGGGCAUUUGGUUCUCUGCCAGCCUUUCCUUCUUUUCUCUGGCCCUGGACCUCCAGCGUUUCCCCAGGGAAAACCCCUACUUGGUUCAGGUCAUCCUGGGGGUCAUAGAUCUCCCCUUUCGCCUCCUAGUGCCCAAGCUGGCCAACCGUCUGGGGCGCAAGCCCACCCUGGCCUCCUGCAUGAUGCUCGGAGGGGGACUCAUUCUGGGGGCCAUCCCAGUGCCACAGGAGCUGGGCCGCCUGCGCAUGGGACUGUCCGUGCUGUCCAAGGGCUUCAUAUCGGCCUCCCUCAGCUGCAAUGUCCUCUUGGCCUCCGAGCUCUUCCCAACCUCCCUCCGAAUGACUGGCAUGGGGGUCACCAACAUGGUGGGCCACCUGGGCGGGGUGACAUCCCCCCUGGUGCUGCUGGCCGGUCCUGCGUUCCCCCUCCUACCGCCCCUGCUCUUUGGUACCACCGUGCUGGCAGCCAGCUUCCUGGUUAUCUUCCUGCCUGAAACGCAGGGUCUGCCCUUGCCCGACACCCUGGAACAAGCCCAGAGCCAGGUCCGCAGAUGCUGGAGCCGAUUGCUGAGAAAGCCAUGGCAAGGGACCCAGCCCCUGCAGACCAAGCUCUAACCUCCCCGGGAAGAGAUUCUCCCCAACUUGGCUCCAUCAUGGCAGAAUGGGAAGACCCGGAUUCAAAUCCUGUCUCUGCCACUUCCUGUCUCUGUGACCUCGGACAACUGGCUGACCUCUCCAUCUCCCUGCACUAGG